UAUAAAAGCCAAUUUUUCAGAUGAAUAUGAAGUAUAACUUACAUUUUAUUUUAUAAAAGCUUCAGAGCUCUGAUAAAGCUGUUUGAAGUGCAGUACAGUACAGCACUGCAGUACAGUAAAGACAACUGUACACGGCUUGUACAGCAUAAUGGACAGCUCCGACGAGGAAGAAUUGACAAGUUUAUCCUGGCUGCACAAUCUAAAUCUGCUCCCAGCGGAAACCAGUUCUAAUUUAAGAACUAGUUUCCAACCUAACCAACCCAACCAAUCCAACCAUUCAAACCUGCAAUCCAACCAUUCAGACCAAUCCAACCAUUCAAACCAAUCCAACCAUUCAAACCAAUCCAACCAUUCCAAUCAAUCCAACCAAAUCAACCAUCCCAACCAACAAGCCUGCUCUAGGUCCCCCAAAACUACUGAAGGUUUCAUUAGCUCCGAAAUAAACCCAGUUUCCAGUUUCCUAAACUGUGAAUCAGUCAGAUUAAAUUCUUCCAUUAGUAAAUCAGAUCAGAGCAACCUUACUUCAGGUGUCCUGUUCAAUACAACUAGUGUUGAUGCUAGAACUCAAAACCCUGCAAUCAACCUUGGUAAUUUCGAUGCAGUAAGCAAGAUUAAAACUGAAUCUGAUCUUGAUCUUGAUCUUAAUCUUGAUCUUGAUCUUGAUCUGGAACCUGCAGAGAAUCAUGAGACUGAAAAAGAUCAGACUGACCAACUAGUUUGCGAUCUUCUAAAGAAGAAAUUCCAAAUCCAGCAUAAAACUUCUAUUUGGAAGCUUUGCCAACACUUCCAAAUUCUUAAACAGUACGAUUUGAACACGGAGGUUCUGAGAAAGCCCCCCUACUCCUACGCAGCCCUGAUCUGCCUAGCCAUGAUAAACUCACCUGAGAGAAAGAUGACCCUCGCGGAGAUUUACAGUUGGAUUCGGGAAACCUUUGCCUAUUACCAAAAUAGCAGUCCUGGUUGGCAGAACUCCAUCCGCCACAACCUUUCCUUGAACAAGUUCUUCAUCAAGGUUCCCAAGGGACCGGAGGAGAAGGCAGGUAAAGGCGGAUAUUGGCAGAUAGAUCCUCAAUACACAAAGUAUACCAAGCCUCCGGAGGUUCUCCCGACCCCUCCGACCCAGAAAAAUGUGAAACCUCCGUUCACAAAGAGAAAGUUUGCAAAGAAUAAAGUAAAAAUGAACUUCUAUCAAGACAAGGUGGUUCAAUCCAGCAGGGAUAGAGUCUUCCAUGGACCUAUCAUGCCAAUAUCAGCCACCGCUAGCGGUAAUACAAUAAGUUUAACCUAUGAUCUACCAUCAGAAGAGAAUCCAUCCCGGUUCAGGAAUAUAACCCACAUCAUCAGAACCAAUUCCAAGAGUAUGAGAGACCCUUCCAACCUAGAUUAUCCAAAUCCAUUCAGAAGUAUUUUAGCUGCACAGCACAAUUCAAAUCUGAGUCAGCCAACGCAAUAUUUUUCAUCUUUUAUCAACAACAAUAACAACAACAAUGAAGAGACUAAACCCCAAAGGUGUUUUAUAAACCCUGGUCCAGCAUUUUAUUCUCAACAGGGACAGGAUAGCUUUGACGAGGAUGAAAGGGAAACAAAGCAUUCUUUCUUCUUGGGACUAGAGACAAUGAAACGGGAGUUUCCAAAUUCUGGAAACAGUUGUUCACCAAAUAUUAAGAAUUAUGACGAGCUGACAGAUCUACAGAGCCCCCUUAGUCCUGCUGAUAUUAAAAAUGGCAUCAACCUGUAUCCUUUCUUCUCUGCACCAAUUCCUUCCGUGAAUUCAAGAAGUUCCAGUGAGCUUUUAACAUCAGCAACAUACUCCCUUCCUUCCUCUUCAACCCAGUCAGUCAACUCAGGUCAAUCCUUUUGUUUAACCAAUACCGUUAGAUCACAACAAUCAACAUGUUCCGUCCAGAUGUUAAACUUACCGGCGUCCGAAGAAACAAAUCAAUUGAUUAAUGUGGAUUCCAACUGCCCGGUGAAUUCAGUACAAGUAUAUUGUACUCCAAAACUGACUAGCAGUACCCAACCUAUAACUAAUCAGGUUCUGUUUAAUGACAAAAAUCUACAUUACAGUCUGACCAACAUUGUUAAUAAGGAAGACUCAAACGAAUUCCAAGAACUUAGAUCAUCUCAAACAUCAGACCAAACAGAGAGUCAUGCCAAUAUAUUGCCAUUUAACCCUUCAAGUUGUACAGUUCAAGAUGGCCAACUGUCCCUGCUGGUAACCUCUGAUCAGCUGAUGUCUGCAGAUCAGCUGUUGUCAGAAAAUCAACUGACGCCAGUGGAUCAGCUGAUGCAAGCAGAGCAGCUAACCUCAGACUAUCAGCUGUUUAAUUCAGAAGAGCAGAUGCAGUCAGUAAAUGAUCCCGGCUCAGUAGAGCAACAUGAAUUUUCCAGAUGUGUGAAGCAAGAAAUGAACAGUAUAGAAGAAUCUCAGAAUACUCAACUUGAAAAUAACAUUUCAGCAGAAUCAAUUUUUCGUCCCGGUGAGGAAGUUGGUGAAGAAUCAACCAGCUCUAUUCCCCACCUGGAUUUGUAUAUCCGUCCUGAGAAUAAUGAUUCUCCUAAAGCCACAGUAACCUUAUCCAGUAUUCCAUCUCAGUAUAUUUUGAAAAAUAUCCAGACUAUUUUAUCCUGUCUUACUCCUCUACCAUAUCAUAUUAUAGAAAAAGAAGUAAAAGCUGGUUCUCCAUUAAAUCUGAGUUGUGAUGAAUCUUCUCUAAGUACUAAUCAAACUUCUCCCCCUGUAUUACCUAGUCCUUCCUCUUAUCCUUCCAAUCCAUACACUCCGUCAGCAGCAGACAUACCAUCCCCUAGUACUCCUUGCUCUACAUAUAGCUCUACUCCAUUAUCUCCUACGCCAUCAACUCCAUUCCAGGAAAUGGAUGACGACAUCUCAGAUAACGAUAUUUUGACUGGGUGCCUUGACCUUCCACUGUACUCUCCUGGUUGGAACAAAUCCGCGAAUCUGCAGCAGCUGAAAUCCAUCAAUCAGCUGACUCAUAUCUCGGGAAGUACUCCCAUUGGUCCAAGUAUGGAUAAUUUUAAUCUUCCACUUUUUGAGUCAACAUUAGAUUUUGAGACCAUGAUGGAUUUUGAUUUGUAACUUAUUUGAAAUUUAUUGCAAUUGUAAAUUAAGGAAGUUUUUAAUUCAUAUUUGUGAUACUUUAGUUUUUAUGUAAUCUGAGUGUUACAAUUCAAUUUUACAAUUACUUGUUUGUAAGCUAUAAAUCCUUUAAUUAUCAAAAUUAAUUACGAGGUUGGAGAGAUGAAAAUAAAUCCUAACAAAAGUCUUCUCGUGUAAGUUUUUAAAGAUAGAAUUAUCUUUUUAAAUCCCACUUUUCUUUAUUGUUUUUUAUCUUAUUCUAAAAUGCAGAAAACCUCCCUAUCAAACAAAAGGUCAAAAUUAUGAAAAUACGUAAAAUACAAUUUUCUUUAAAAGACUAAAUUGCUACCUGCAUGUUUUCUCAUGUGGGUUUAUUACUGAACCCACUUUUUAAAAGGACUGUAAGCGUCAUUUCAAGUGACCCUCUAUGUAAAGAUGACAAUGCCUGUUUUCGAAGGUACCCUUAAAAAGUUUAUCUGAUCUUAUAUUUAAAUAAGAUUUCCUGGUUUUAUUUUUUUAUUUUUAUUUCAAUUUGCGGGUUCUUUUCGAAAGUGACUUGCGCAUUCCUUGUUUAUAAGAAACAAUGGUUAAAUUUUAAGAAUUAAACACGUUGUUCGAGUUUUAAAAACGACGGUUUAUUUUAUAUUUUUGAUCCGAUUAAGGUUUCAAGGGUAUCGUUGUAAAUUUGUUAUUAUCAUCUAUGCAUGGAGGAUCACUUUAAACUACACUUACAGUUUCUUUAAAAAAGUUUCAGUUUUAAACGACAAAUUUUAGAAAGAUGGUAAGAAAAUUCUGAUUUAUUGACGAUGCAUUGUGUGCUAGUUUACAACAUAUUAUGUAUUAGUUCUUGUUUUAAUUUAAACAAUGUACAGUGUAUACACCGUGCAGUGUAAACAGUAUACACUGUACAGUGCAUGUAUACACUGUGCAGUGUAAACAAUGUACACUGUACAGUGCAUGUAAACACCGUGCAGUGUAAACAGUGUACACUAUAACAGUGCAUGUAAACACCGUGCAGUGUAAACAGUGUACACUGUACAGUGCAUGUGUACACCGUGCAGUGUAAACAGUGUACACAUAUUGAGACGCAAACUUUAAAAUAUUGUCAACGAAAAUUAAUGUGUUAAAGAAAAUUUAAAUAUUUACGAAAUCCGUCCAUACACUUUAUUAGCUGCAACACAAAUUUCUAAAUAUUUUAUUUUUCCAUUCGGAAAAUGAUAAUCGCGAUUUGCAACUACUUUGGCAAACAAAAUGAAAUCGUUAAAACAACACGAAAGGUGAUUAGAACCCGGCCCCCUUGUUAAUAGUACAUUUAAUAUUGAAAAAAUUACAAAAAAUUUUUUUUGGAACAUUUUGAGAUCAAAACAAAUAAGAAUUUCCUGGAUU